AUGGAUGACACCACCGUCACCCGCGUGCUGGACGAGUUCGGCGACGACGUAGAUGCAGCGAUCAGGCGCCUGCAUGAGCUGAGCCUACAGGCUGAGGCUGCCGCCAGCGGCACGGACGAGGCGCGCGUGGCGAAGCGGGCACACCGCCGGACGCACAGCGCGAAGCAGCGGGCGUCGGGGGAGUCGGGCCCCCGGGCGGACGGUUCGGCGACGGCGCAGUGGGUGGAGCGCACGGUGCAGGAGAUGGCGCAGGCGACGGACCUGGAGGACGCGCGGCGGCGAGCGACGCGCGUGAUCGAGGAGGUGGUGCGGGAGGUGCAGGGGCGGUCGGGGCGCGGGGCGGAGGACGUGCGGAACCUGAAGCAGCAGCUGGCGCAGCAGCUGCGGGACAACGCGCUGCUGAAGCGCGCGGUCGCCAUCCAGAACGGGCGCAUGCAGGAGAUGGCGGAGCGCGAGCGCGAGGUGCAGCAGCUGCGCGAGAUGCUCCAGCGGUACCAGGAACAGAUGCGCGCCCUGGAGCUCAACAACUUCUCGCUCGCCAUGCACCUCAAGGCCGCCAACGGCGUCGGCGAGCCCAGCCAGCGGCCCCCGGACGUGUUCUGA